GUCGAAGCCUUUCAAUCUCUUGAUCCACAGCAUUGUGAGACCGACCAUGGAGGACGAAGAACUUGCACUUUCUAUUGAAAUGGAGACAGCCCUUCCUGCUCCAGGACGCAACGCGGCACGACCAGCAGCCGUCGGUGAAGCGGAGCCUGGUAAUGACGAUCGACAGCUGGCUCAUCCAGCGCGUGAUCCCUACGGUUUGAGACAUUUGAGGGCAGGAACUGCAUUCUCUUGGGCUCCAACUAUUAAUACAAACAAUACUACCAUUGGUACCAAUACUACCAAUGUAACGAACAUCCACCGUCAUGCCCCUGCGCCAGCUCCAGCGGCCGGAGGUCCAUCGCAAGAACAGCUUCAACGCCGAGAAGACGCGCUGCGACGCUUGGAAGACGAGCAACAACGUCAAGGAGAGCGGCUCCAACGCUUGGAAGACGAGCAACAGCUUCAAGGAGAGCAGCAACAACGCCAAGGAGAAGAGGCAAAUCGCCGACACCAAGAACUUUUGGCAAUCUUGACUGGUUCUCGUUUCACGCAAAGCCGUGGUCGACAUUGAAGCAUUGUUGAGUUUAUUGUCUUCGAGCCCUUUGGACCAAGAAAAGAUCUGACAUCUCGUCACAGUCGCCCCAUUCACCCAACCAUCCCAUACUUGAUACGUUCCAUGCUGGAGAGCCCUUCCAUGACUGUUUCGCUCACGAAACCCAUCAUCCAAAACCGCACUUCACCACCACAGGAAGAGGCUCAAAUAUACGUGUAAUCAAGCAAGUAGCACGUCAUCCUAC